GACGCGACCGGGCUGUGGACGCGCCCGGCCACCACCCUCGCCCACCCGCAGUCGUCUCCCCUUCUCGAUGCUCAGAAGCAGUCGCACCAUUACACAGGCCGCUCCAUGGCGCAGUGCCUCGAUAUGCUGCUCCUGCGCCGCCCGUCCCAUCACUCUCCAGCGCCGGGCCUUCAGCGCCACCGAGCGCCUGUCCAAACGCUUGAAGAGCACCGAGGUGCUCAAAGACAUCAAGCACGAUGGCAUGGUCAAGAACGGGCUCCUAGGGCCGGACGAGCCUAUUGAGGAUGCGCACGAGGAUGGCAAGGGCGACACCGAAAAAAGCUCUUCGAGAAAAGAGAAGCAAGAGCAGCCGCCACCUGAGACCAUGUCACUGAGGGAGGCCUUGAUGGGGGGCAGUAAAAAGAAGAAGAGCGAAAGAGCAAAGCUGAACUUCGACAUAAAACAGGUCGCCGCAGAAGACUUCCACUUCGAGCCCGUCGACGUCAAAGUGCCUCCCGUGCCGAAGCUCGCUUACGGUCUCGACCGCGUGCUGUUCAAUCCCGGUGUGUAUCGGCUGCAAGACCCUCGGACAGGCAUCUACAACUUCGAUCCGUAUCUGGAGAAGAUCAUGCCUGCCGAAGAGUUCGACUUCGAUGCUCUGAGCGAAUACAAGACCUCGUCCUUGGACGAGGAUCUGCUUGCCGUCACCAGGAGACUGGGCGUCAAAUACACAGGCUCCACAUCGAGCAUGUCUGGCGUGCUCCAGCAUUUUCACUUCCUGCUAUCCGCCCAUCGAAGGCUCGACCACUCCAUGCUUUCCAAGAAGUUCCCGGAUCCAAGCAACAAGUACUCCAGGAUCACAAAAGGACCAGACGCGAUCUUCUUGCGCUACAAGGAUGGUGUGUACGCCAUGGACGCCGACAAGACAUACGAUGCCCCCAAUAUCAUGAGCUGGCUCGGCCACUCAAUGGAGAAGCUCCUCACGACAGAGCGCACCGAGUUCGAGCGCUACCGCAGGUCGAGUCCCGAGCAAUCCCCGCCCGAAGGAGAUUCAGCCCGAUGCUUUCACUAUUCGAAGCAAGGAAACGUAUUAAUGCGCUCCCAACUCGACGCCCAAGACCCUCGUUUGCCGGGCGCUGGCAUCUUCGACUUGAAGACACGAGCAGUAGUCUCCAUUCGCAUGAACCACAGAUCGUACGAACAGGGUCUUGGAUACCAAUUGCGUUAUGCACAGGGUGAGUGGGAGUCAUUCGAACGCGAGUACUAUGACAUGACUCGAGCCACCAUGUUGAAGUACUCGCUUCAAGUGCGUAUGGGCAGGAUGGACGGCAUUUUCCUUGCUUACCACAACAUCGAGCGCAUCUUCGGCUUCCAGUACCUCUCCCUCGCCGAUAUGGACCAGGCUCUCCAUGGUCAAUCCGAUACAUGUUUGGGUGAUCAGGAGUUCAGAUUAUCCAUUGGCCUCAUGGAGGAACUGUUGAACAAAGCUACAGAAAAGUUCCCCGAGACAUCACUACGCCUUCACUUUGAGACCCGCGACUCCAAGCACCCCUUCAUGUACGUCUUCGCCGAGCCUGUCACAGAAGAGCGCGCAGACGAGAUUCAGAACACCGGAACACAAUAUGCAAGGGAGUGGGCACGCCGUGUCGUAGGUGUCGGCAAGAAUGACGCCGAAGCGAAGGAGGCAUGGCAAGACUUGCAGGAAGAGAUCGACGAACAAGUCAGUGAGGAUGGUACUGCAAACAAGGGUUCCGAGGCAGCAGCAGAAAGCCCGGAAGUAGAGGCAUCGUCUGAAAGCGAAAGCACGAUCGAAAACGAGACCGCUGCUGAGGAGAGUGAAAGCGAAACCGCCACCGAGGAGCACGAAAGCGAGACUGCUACUGGUGAGAGUGGUGAUACCCUAGCACCACCCCAGUGGACAAAAGAUACCACAUCUGAAGGCCCAUUGGUGGGCUGGACAGUGACGGUUCGCAACAAAGUAAACGGUCAAUAUGUCACGCGUCCCGAGGACCUCGAGCCAUUGGACAACUGGCAGAUCGAGUACAACAUUCAGGAAAUCGCAGAGGAUGCCGUAUGGAAAAACUACAGCUCGACGAAAGAGCGCCGGCGCAACCUGGUCGGCCAAACUGACGAGAACGAGGACAAGGCGCUUGCCAACUACCGCAAGGUCAUCCAAAGAUACGCUAGCCGUGGGCGCCAAUGGAGGGCGGAGCAAGAUCAGAUCAACCAGGAGCGCGGCACACAAUUGUAUAAGCCUUUGGGUCCUGGUUCGCCUGAGUACACCGAGGGUCUGGGCAAGGAGCCUGCUUCCGUGAACGCGUCAGAGGCUGCCUCUUCGGUUCCCUCUAACCCUGUUGUAGAAUGAUUCAUUCAGGUUGGAGCGUUGUAACAUAUGUUGUAUAUUGUACUAUAGAUACUUGUGAAAACGGGAGUUGUGUAAAGAGCGAGGAUGAUGUAAAUAUACCAUAGCAUGAACGGCGCUGAUUACACGAUGUAUCUUGCCACGGUGCUGUUCAUGCGCAUUUAUUGUCUGAGAUAAAUACUGAUGAAAUUACAUUGACAUUCUGAC